AUGAGAGAACUCAAGCAUCACGAACGAAAGCUGCUGAAGAAAGUCGAUCUCUUCACCUACAAGUCCGAACAGAACCACAGAGACUUGCAAGUCAUCAGGCGCUACCAUAUUCAGAAUCGGGAAGAGUACUUUCAGUACAACAAGCUUUGCGGUGCUCUGAAGCAUCUCGCGCACAAGCUAGCGGAUCUACCACCGGAGAAUACCUUUCGAAAGAAGCACGAACGACUGCUUCUCGACAAAGUCUUCUCGCUUGGCCUUGUCCCGUCCGCAACGAAACUCUCAGAGAUUCAGAACAAGAUCACAGUCUCUGCCUUCUGUCGUCGUCGGCUAGCUAUUACUCUUUGUCGACUUAAAAUGGCGGAGACUGUGCGCAUCGCCAUCACCUAUAUUGAGCAAGGGCACGUUCGCGUGGGUCCAGAGACUGUGACAGAUCCAGCAUAUCUUGUCUCUCGCAACCUUGAAGAUUACGUUACAUGGGUUGACAGCAGCAAAAUCAAGCGGACCAUUGCCAAGUAUAACGAUAAGCUCGACGAUUUUGAUUUGCUGCAGGUGUAA